GAAACACCAGGCGUUUUAAACUGAAACAUACUGUUUACAACACAUGGGCACGUCUUUUAAGUUUAGCACAGAAAAACAGAUUACUCCACACAGCAUAAACAUCUCUACACGUCCAUGAGUACUUUAAAGCAAGCUUCCUGACGCGCAUCAUAGGAUGUUAAUAUAUAAAGAAGCCCGCAUCAGCGGUGCAUGGAUAUGGUGGUUCAUAUGCACCCUUCUCUCACUUCUUCUUGGAGUAAUAUCCGAAACCAGUAGAGCAAAGGAUAUAAUGACAAAAUAUCCACUAAUUGAUGGACAUAAUGACCUGGCAGUACCUCUGAGAAUGUACCAUAAAAGCAAACUGAGCAAGCUGAAUAUGCACAACAUUUCUAAAGCAGCUACAGAUAUUACACGCCUCACUGCUGGUCAUGUUGGAGGACAGAUUUUUGCAGCGUACGUGUUGUGCACGGCUCAGGACAAAGAUGCUGUCAGACUGGCCUUGGAACAGAUUGAUGUAAUUCGUCGUAUGUGCACUGAAAACAAAGAGAUGGAACUGGUCACCACAGCUGAAGGAAUGGGGACCAGUACAAAAAUCGCAUGUCUAAUCAGUAUUGAGGGAGGCCACUCCAUCGACAGCAGUUUACCAACACUACGCAUGUUUUACCUGCUUGGAGUAAGAUCAAUGGCCCUCACACAUAACUGCAACACCCCAUGGGCUGAGACCUCAUCUAGUCUUUACUCAAAUUACCAGCAGAAGAAUAACAGCCUGACAGAUUUUGGCAAGGCAGUGGUGAGUGAGAUGAACAGGUUAGGAAUGCUGGUUGAUCUGUCCCAUAGCUCAUGGGGGACAGCCAGAGCUGUGCUGAAGCAUUCUGCUGCUCCAGUUAUUUUCAGCCACUCCUCAGCCUAUGCUAUCUGUAACAAUACUCGCAACGUACCUGAUGACCUGCUGCUGCUGCUGAAAGAAAAUGGCGGGCUUAUCAUGGUGAACUUCUACAGCAAUUUUGUAGCAUGUUCAAAUAAUGCAAACGUGUCUAUUUUGGCUGAUCAUUUUGAUCAUAUAAAGCUGGUAAUUGGAGCUGAAAGCAUUGGGAUUGGAGCAGACUAUGAUGGGGUACAUGGAUUCCCUAAAGGCAUGGAGGACGUCUCCAAAUAUCCAGAGCUAAUUGAGGAGCUGAUAUCAAGGAACUGGACUGAGGAAGAGCUCGCAGGGGUGCUAAGACUGAACUUUCUCAGAGUGUUCCGAAAGGUGGAGAAGGUACGUGAUGGUAUGGUGCACAAUUUACCCAGUGAAGCUGAAAUCUCACUUUCGGAAGUAAACGAGAGCUGUCGUGCAAAGCUGGUCCCUCCAGGCAAGACAAGAGGGUACAUGCAGGAAGUUAAAAAUUUUAGUGAAAAUGGAAACACUCCAUUGAUGCCUGUGAUAGCACUAAUCUGCUUCAUCUUAGUUUUGAUACAGCUAGAGUAAUCUAACAAACAAUGAAUCAACCAGAGAUUGCUUAGGGAACACUUGACUUAAAAUCUCAAUGAGACCAAGGGGCGUAUUACAGAAAGAUCCUAACUUUAAAAUCUCAUCCUAUUUGUUUGGUAACCAUGGUCAUUUUAGUUAGGACAAACACAUUUAGGACAAAAGCUAUUACAGAACAGAGAGAAGAGGUAUUACAGAAACCUCCUAACUUGACAAAAAAUCUUAAAAACUUUAGGGCAACCCCACACCUGUCCUAGCUUAAGAAUUAUUUGAAAGCUAACCGAAAAAACACUUAUAAUUGCGCUGUCCUACAAUGGCAUUACAUUUAUCAAUAAUUGAAAACGAAGAACAGAGAUGUUUAAUGGUAGAAAGACUCUUGGAGGACGCAAAACACGUAUAGGUAAUUACAGACUGCCACGCAACAUGAUAUCACGGUUAACGUUAAUGCCGGAUAACAUACGGUUAACGUAAAAGCUCUGUUUUAUCCAAUUUAUUUGAAAAUACUAAUUUAGCGUAUCAUAUCUUAAGUUAUGACCUACGAUAAAAAACUUCCUGUAAUACACCCCCUGGAGUACAUUUGAAGUAAAUUUGCUGACUGAAAUGGACACAAUUAGGUCUUUGACCAUUUUGAAACUGUUAUGUUUGGUAACAGUUUAGGAAGACCAUACAUUAUAAUGAUUUCUUAAUAUGCAUACACUGUAAAAAACAGUUUAAAAUAAUUUGUUACCCGGCUGUCUUUAAAUUUUAAAUUCAGUCCACUCAAAAAAAGUUUAUUCAACUUGAAAUGUUAAGUUAUACUAAGUGACAACUUAAAAUUUUAAGUUGAAUCAACUCAAAUAUCUUAAGGCAGCUGGGUUACUUACCCAUCUGUUAAGUUUAACAAACACAAAUAUCUUGUACUUAGUUGUACUUACUUAGUACAACUUAACAUUUCAUGUUGACUAAACUUAUUUAAGUUGACUGAACUUAAAAUUUUAAGGCAGCAGUGUAACUUAACAAAUUGUGUUUUUUGUUUUUUACAGUGUAGCUAGUGUACAGAUCACGUAAGAUAAAAUGAGGUAACAAACAUCACUGUUGCAUUAUCUUGUACUUCCUUAGCAUAUCCGUAAGAAGCUGUUAUCUGUUUUUUUCGAUCUGUCUGGUGUUUCAGUUUUGCAGAAGUAUAUAUAAAAAAUCUACAAAAUAUUUUCAAUUAUUAGUUAGUAAUACAAUAAUAUUGUAUUAUUAUUACAUUAUUUCUUUCUAAACACAUUUUUCAAACACUCCUAUUACCUCUUCCACCAACCCCACCAACAAUUAUGUCUACCUUGAACUUUUUGAACUUAAAGUUUAAUCUUUUGAAAGCACCAGAGUCACUACUUCUUUUUAUCUUCAGGUUACAGUCUUUCAGUAAUACUGUAUUCAUUCAUUAUAGAAGGAAAAAAAAUUCUCAUUAACUUAGCAAUGCAAUGCCACCUGUUUUUCUAGCUUCUUUUUGUUAAUCCACGAGAUGUGCAGUUAGAGGUUGUUUUCUCUGAGGCAAAAAUAAGAUCACAUAACACAUGUAACAUGUUCUGCUGUUCAUAGUGCACUUUAUUGUAAUUUUUUCAUAUUCGUCUGUUUUUAAAAUAUAUUUUUCUUAAUACUAUACAUAAAAGUCAACUGCAUGUUUCGUUAGGUGUUUAAUCUUUCUCUUUAACAUGAAACACUGUACAGAUGUAAUACUAUACAACCAGUAACAGAUCAUCGCCUUUAUAUCCCAGAUAUAAAUGUUGUUAGUCAAUACAGUCUUCCAUAUUUUCUUCUAUUUGUAUAACAAAUGUAUAUUGUCUGUACAGUAAUCAUGGCCUAAAAAAGAAUAAA